AUGGUGGACCUGUUCGUGGAUCAGGUUCUGGUGAAGAACAACAAGGACCAAGAUGAGCUGGACACGGAACGUGAGAUCGUCAUGCGGCUGCAGAACCGAAUCCUGAUGCUGUUCUUCGCCUCUGCUGAAUGCGAGACCUGCCGGCGGUUUGCUCCCACGCUCUCUGACUUCUUCAAGCAGCUGACGGAUGAGUUCUACGUGGAUCGCUCUGCUCAGCUGGUUCUCCUGUACAUUAGCUUGGACCAGUCAGAGGAACAGCAGGAAAGCUUCCUCAAAGAGCUCCCUAAGAAGUGCCUAUUCCUGGCCUAUGAGGACCCCUACAGGAGGGAGCUGGAGGCCAUGUUUAACGUUGAGGAGCUGCCCACGGUGGUGGUGCUGCGUCCCGACUGCUCAGUCCUCGUCCCCAACGCCGUGGAGGAGAUACUCCGCCUGGGAACAGACUGCUACCGCAACUGGCAGGAGGCAGCGGAGCUCAUUGACAGGAACUUCAUGAUCAAUGAGGACUUUGAGGAGAAAUCCAGGCGCAGCUUGAGUGACCCAGUGAGGAGGCUGAAGUACAAGGUGGAGGAUGAGAAGAAGAAAAAGAAGAAGAAGCAGCGCAGAGGGUGGGGUGGAGGUGGAGAUGAAGGCAUAAAGGCGGAUGGAAGAGGGGAUGACAAGGAAGGAGGAGGGUCACCAUGGUGAUUGAGGAGAGGAAGACAGUGAAUUUGCUCAAAAGUUGUUGUGAUUAGUGAUUAAAAAGCGUUGUCACGGGCCAAACAAAAGAGAAAAUGCAGUUAUUCUCAUCCUGAUGUUAUUGUGACUGACUUUGCAGUUCAGAAUCAGUUAGAAGUAAAGGCACAGCUCCAGUGUAGGCCUGGGUAUGCCAACAACAAUUCAAGAUAAUGUACAACAUCUAAAGGAACACUGACCGCUGCUAACCAACACUGACCUCAGCUCUAUGGUGUCUUUGAAUGCUGCCAAGUACAGUCAACAUAAUGUUUGGUCUGAGCCAAGUCGUGCCAUUACGGCUCGUUUUAUCACACCCAGGAGAUUAUUCUAACCAUUCUUCCAUUUUCAACAACACAGCCUCUGCAAUGCACUUUUUAACAUGAUAAUUUGCACCGUCCAAUCACAGUACACCAUGCAUAAUCUGAAAUCAAUGAAUUAUUCAGCGCCAUUAAAAUAAUUUUGUUAGUGA